UGCAAAUGAAACUGGGGGCAUCACGUUCAUCCCAGUCCACAUGAAUGUAUCCCAGCAAUCACAGGUUGCAGAAGAAACUGUACAAGUCCCACUCUCUGCCCAGACUUUAAUCAAUUCUUCAUCCAAACAGUUGGGAAUUGGAACAGUGCGGGAGCCUCAGGUACCAAUCAAUAAACCAAAGAAGACUGGCUCAUUGGCAUUAUUUUUCCGAAAGGUAUAUCAUCUAGCCAGUGUCCGUCUGCGUGACUUGUGUCUAAAACUGGAUGUGUCUGCAGAGCUUCGAAGGAAGAUUUGGACUUGCUUUGAGUAUUCUUUGGUGCAUUGUACUGAUCUGAUGACUGACAGGCACCUUGAUCAGCUCCUCCUCUGUGCUGUCUACAUAAUGGCGAAG